AUGGAACCUGGAUCUAGGAUGAACAACAUUAAUUUUAGUUUUUUCUCAUAUGAACCGAAUGAGAAAAGAGUUGACAAUGUAAUCUCCACAACGAUUCCAUCUUUAUAUAUACCAGGUGAAGAUAUUGAUAACAGUUUAAAUGAACGGAUGUUUAGUUUAAUUGGGGGACUCGAUUUUGUCAAGUUGAAAUUUGCUGCUGCUGAAGAAUCAUUGAGAAAACAAUGGAAAACAUCAGGUAACAUUCAAUUGAUUCCUCUUGGAAAAGGUUUUUUCAUUAUUAAACUAGCAAAUGAAGUUGAUAUGAAGUAUAUAUGGAAUGGGUUUUGGAAGGUAGAAGAUCAAAUUCUUAAACUAAGACUUUGGGAACCAAACUUUAACCUUGCAAAUCAGAAAUCAACAACUGCUUUUGUUUGGGUUAAUUUCCCUGGUUUAGGAAUCGAAUACUGGAAAGAAAGCAUACUUAUGUCACUUGGUGAUGCCAUUGGAAGGGAUAUCAAGGUGGAUGAAACAACUCUUAAAAGAGAAAUAAGUUAUUAUACUAGUGUGCUUAUUGAAGUUGAUUUAGCAAAUAAUGUCCCCCAUCAUGUUCUUGUAACAACCAAAUAUGGAUGUUUUGAGAAAGAGAUACAAAUUCCCAAAAUUCCAGGUUUUUGCAGCCAUUUCAAGGUGAUGGGACAUUUAGUAACUGAAUGUAGAAUGAUGAGAAAGGAAAAUUUAUAG